GGGCGGUCAGAGAGGGGCUGCCCUUUCCACCUCCAUUCACACGGUGAAAGGCUGAUGCUGCGUCCCUCGCUCUCUCAUUGUGCUGCUCCGUUCGCUUAUUUCGCUGUUUGAGGGGAUCGACCUGAAUGAGAGUUUGUCUAUUGUUGCACGAGUUUUGUUUUGAUCAUGAAGGCGAUGAUUUCAUGAAGCCACCUUUUUUUAUUUUAUUUUUUAAAAACUUAUUCUCCGUAUAUAUCUCGUUCACUGAGUAUCCAGCCCAGGGAAACACGCUGCGUGUGAAUACUUCUUUCCUUUCUGCGCACAGCUUGACUUUUACGCACUGCACGGAUGACUACGUUUGAAAAAAUAUCGACAGUAAUUUUCUGCCUUUAUUUGAGGACCUAAGUAAGGAAUGGAAUUGCCUUUUGGGAGAAUAAUGCAAACGGGCAACAAUGUAUAAGAUUUCUCGUCAGCUCUUGAAGGAUAUACGUCUUAAAGAAACACACUGUAGUAACGCCCCCAACUCAAAAAGACCAGGACUGAGUCGGAUAUGUGCGUGUUUGUUGAUGCUCCUGCUUUGCGAACUGCCCGACUUUUCUUUGUGUGCAAGUGUGGCGGGAUCCAGUGUUGAACAUGAAGGACUUUGCCCCAACAAGCUGAACUCUAACCUCUGGGUUGAUGCACAAAGCACCUGCGAGAGAGAAUGCAACGUUGACGAGGACUGUGCAGACUUUGAGAAAUGCUGCACUAACGUCUGUGGCCUCAACAGCUGUGUGGCUGCACGUUUCUCUGAUGGCUCAUACGCACAGCCAGGUGGAGGCAAAGGCGACGAUGCCCCCACGUCCACAGCGACCUGUGAGGGCUUUAUCUGCAGCCAGCAAGGAGCAACCUGUGACAUCUGGGAGGGGCAGCCCAUCUGCAAAUGUCAGGACCGCUGCGAGAAGGAGCCCAACUUCACCUGUGCUUCAGAUGGCCUCACCUACUUCAACCGCUGCUACAUGGACGCAGAGGCCUGCAUCCGUGGGGUCUCUUUGACUGUGGUCCCCUGUCGUUUCUACCUUGCCGGGCCGCACACCAGUCCACUGCCUCAGGACACUACAGCUAAUCCCACACCUACGUCGUCUCAGGAGGAGCCUCUGCCUCCAGCUCUGUACUCCAACCCUCACCAUCAGUCCAUCUACGUCGGCGGCACAGUCAGCUUCCACUGUGAUGUCAUUGGAGUCCCAAAACCUGACGUGACAUGGGAGAAACAAAGUGAACGGCGAGAAAGGCUGGUCAUGAGGCCUGACCAGAUGUAUGGCAACGUGGUCAUCACAAACAUUGGACAGCUGGUCAUUUACAACGCCCAGGUGUGGGACACAGGUAUCUACACCUGCAUCGCACGGAACCCAGCAGGAGUUCUCCACGCAGACUACCCACUGUCUGUCAUCCGUCGAGCCGAUGAUGAUUUCUUUGAGGAUCCUGAGAUGCCCAUGGGGAGACCGUUCUCACCGGCAGAUUGUCUGGCUGAGGUCGACCUGAGGGUGUGCAGCGGAGAACGCCACGUGGACUGGUAUUAUGAUACCAAGCUGGGCUCUUGUAUGCCGUUCAGUAACGGUGGAUGUGAUAACAGUCGCAACCGAUUUGAGACUUAUGAGGAGUGUAAAGCCUCCUGUCAGAGAGAGGGAAUGGGCAUCUGCUUCCUGCCUGCUGUUCAGGGACCCUGUAAAUCUUGGGAGGCACGCUGGGCCUGGAACUCCAUCAUGAAGGAGUGCCAAGCCUUUGCCUAUGGUGGCUGCCAUGGGAAUGCCAACAGCUUCCGCACCAAAAAGGAGUGUGAAGCAAACUGCCCGGAGCCCAAAAGGAAACCUUGUAAGACCUGUCGAGUGAAGGGGAAAAUGGUGCCCAGCUUAUGCCGCAGUGACUUUGCCAUUGUAGGGCGACUGACGGAGCUGGUGGAGGAUUUGGACUCUGGGUUAGCUCGUUUUAGCCUGGAGGAGGUUCUGAAAGAUGAAAAGAUGGGGCUGACCUUCUUCAACACCAAACACCUUGAGGUGACUAUCGCCAAGAUAGACUGGAGCUGUCCCUGCCCCAACAUUACCAUGGAGGAAAACCCUUUGCUGGUGAUGGGUGUGGUGCAGGAUGGCAUAGCCGUCAUCCAGUCAGACAGCUAUGUCCGAGCAAUAACUGAACGUAGACUCAAGAGGCUACGGGAGGUUCUGGGCAAAAAGGCCUGUGGGGCAUUGUAGUGCUGCCAGGACUUAAACCUGUUUGAUCACAGAGCGUCUGUGGUCAGCUUUACAUUAAGUAAAUUUUCAGAGCGAGAGAGAGAUCAUUUUAUGAACUAUACAAUCCGUGUUGUAUAUUCAUCACAGCACAUGUUGUACUACAUUCCAGAUGUGUCCAGAUUUAUAAUAAUGCAGAAAUGCUCCUUUAAAAUUAUAUAGAUAUAAUAUCUAUAUAAAUAUAGAUAUUAUUCGUUUUGACAUGUUUUCUAUAUUUUUCCUAUUAUUUUGGGCUCUUUCAUUUAGUGUGUUUUCUAUAGAUUCCCUUGUGAUAAAUACUGUACUGUCAGGAUUUAACGUCCAGCUCAUUUUUUCACAACUCUCUGCAAAGCACUUCUGCUAAAUUAGCUUUACCGACAUUCUCU